AUUCAAUAGAAUACAACGUUUACGAAAUAGCUCUCCCCGAUUCUUCCCGAGUUUUCCCUAUUGAAUCUACAGGUUGGUGGUUACCGCGCUCGUUGAAAUUAUCAUUUUUUUUUUCUCGCGAUCAAGAAUUGUUGUAAAACUGUUUAAAAUUCUGUUUUGUGCAGUGCCCAGUGGGUAUAUUUCCCAAAUAGCCGACAAAAUGAAAACUGAUGACAAAAAUAAUAUGCCCAAAGUGAGGAUUGCUGUUAUAGGAAAAUCCAACGUAGGAAAAUCAGCCUUAACUGUAAGAUACCUGACAAGAAGAUUUAUAGGAGAAUAUAGAAGUAACACAGAUCUCCUUUAUCGACAAACGUUAACAUUGAACAAUUCAGCUUUAGAAGUAGAGAUUGUUGAUGUUUGCAGCUGUGACAUCCAAGCUUUUCCUGAGGAAGCCAUCUAUUGGGCUGACGCUAGUGUUGUCGUAUACGACAUCACUUGCAGAAAUUCUUUUACCCAAGCCAGCGAUAUGCUACAAAAAGUAUUACACUUGAGGAGCCAAAUGCCGACGAUACUUCUUGGAAAUAAAGCGGAUCUCGAGCAUUUACGACAGGUCGAGGAAAUGGAAGGCCGUACCUUGGCAAUCCAAAAUAAUUGUCAAUUUUUCGAAGUAUCGGUAGCAGAAAACUCCUCUAGUAUCUACACAGCAUUCGACACGAUCUUAAACGAAUGCCGUUCGGGGCAGACGUCUCAUAAAACAAGAAAAUUUUCGGUAUCCAAAAUGAUCGGUACUCUGAUAGGUACCGGUAACAACAAUAAAGUACCCAGUCCAAGUCAAGGAGGCACAGUGGUUGUAUGUCACAAAUCGGAUUUAUACAAAUCUAGAGUACUCAGAAGGAGACAGAAUUUUACCGCCACUGCUUCGCUUUGACUAACAGGAAAAGAAGAAUUAGAAUCUCGUUAACUUUUUUUUUUUGGAGCCAUCAAGACUUUUUUUGUAGACUUCUUAGUUUUAUAAGGAGCCGUGGAUAUUAUUGUAUAUACGCGUGAAUGACUUAUUGGAACUUUGUGAUAUGCACAUGAAAGGAAUGUGUUUUCUUUUUCGUUAUUUUUGACACUUUUUAGAGUGUCAUACAGCACAAAAUGUUGUGAAAAAUUUUCGAUUCCAGAAAAUGAGGAUUUUGACUGACACUUAACAAGUGGCACUGGAACUUUGGCGACAGUGAGCAGAAAUUAGUAUUAACUAUUUAUUUGAAAUAUCCCUCAUUUUCUGUUUAAUUUAACGGACAUGUAUGUAUAUAAAAAUACCUUUAAGGUAUACAAGGGUAGCAUGUAACAGUAGCAAGCCCAAAAUCUCGAUAGAUGAUUAUUAAUCUUUAGCUCAGAUAAAAAAAAUCAGUUUUAUAGCAGAUUUUGAAUUUUUCAUUGGCAUAUUAUCAUUAAAACCGAUUUCAACAUAUUUGUAACUUUUACUGUCAUAAUCUGGAAACCUUAAUCAAGGUCAUCUCCGAGGGAAAGUUUUACACAUUUAAUCGAUCGUUUCUUCAAAUUUUUUUUAAUUCACAGUUAUUCAACUGUCCAUUAGCUAAUUUUGUCUACUACCCUGCCAUAUUCAAUGAUAUUUUCAUCAUUUUUUGUAAUUAUCUUGUUACCGAAUAAAUCUGAAUGGCUUUCGUACCGUUUUAAGAGACUUACGAGGAUGGUUCCAAAAGUACCUGGUCCAACAAAUAAAACAACAAGAAUUUUAGGAAAAAAUCUAUUUAUUUUUGUACAUAAAAUCCAUUUAGCUCCAUACAUGUUUCCCAGCGAUGUUCAAUAAGUACGAUAUCCUUUUAUAAUAAGAAUCGUCCAGCUCCUCAAAAUAGCCAUUAACUGCCGACAUCAAGUCUUUUUCAAGUCUGUAACAGAAAAAAAACCGAGGGGCCAAAUUUGGCUAAUAAGGUGCAUGAGGUGGCAAUCCAAACUUUAAUUCAUUAAUUUUGGUCAUUGCAAUAACGAAUGUGUGAGCUGGAGCAUUAUCUGGACUUUCUUCUUAGCCAAAUGAGGCAGUUUUUUCUUAAUUUUUUUCCUUUUUCCAUCCGCCAUGACUUUGCCUGUGGAUGGAAUGAUCUUUGUCUUCUUUGGAGCCGGUUCUCCCUUUUCAAUCCAUUGUUUUGAUUAUUCCUUUGUUUCGGUUGUGAAGUGAUGGACCUACGUUUCAUCCAAGGUUAUGAACUGGAGCAAAAAUUCGAUUUACCAAACACUCGAUGGAAACAUUUUCAAAAAGCUGUUUUUGAUCCAUUGUGAGCAAAUGCGGCACCCAUCUUGUGCAAAUUUUCAGAUAAUAUGCGAUGUGCUGCACUUUUUGAAGUGCCUACUAUGUCUGCUAGCUCGCGCACUUUCAAUCGACGAUCAUCCGGUACCGCUUUGUGGAUUUUCUUCAACAUUUCUGAAGUCGUCACCUCAUUUGGUCGACCACUACGAUGCUGGUCUUCACAGGUCGCACGAUCUUGUUUAAACUUUGCUACCCGAUAUUUUGCUGUUGAUAACAAAGGAGCCGUCUCACCCAGAGUAUCACAAAACGAUCACCAACUUUUUCCAUGUUUACAAAUUCACUAUUAAUGGCUACCAAACAAAUACUAAACAACGUGGCGUCUUCAAACUUGAAACAUAUGUUGUAUAAAUUGUGUACUUUCUAACACAGUGGUAUUUUUCAAGCACCUAUCGCCAACUCUAGGUUAGGACAGGUACUUCUAGGACCAUCCUUCUACACUCAAUAUCUUACUAACUUUUUUCAGGUUUUAGAACAAAAAAUUAUCACUCGCUACUAAAUAUGGAGUAAAGAGCUAAUAAAGAACAAAUUUAUAAGCGAUUUCAUCUAAACUGCACUCUUAGAUUGUCUUCGUGUAAAAAAACUUUUUUGUUCCAAAUCCUCAUUGAAUUCACUUUAACAGUUAGCAUAAUAUCCAAAAAAUGGACUUUAUUGGGUAAAAAAACCCACUUUGGACUCCUUUAAUUAUAUUUGCCCCAAGUAAACGAUUAUUUUGACUUAUGUUUGGUGUCUAGUAUAUUGUAAUUAAUCAAAGUUUCGUCCACUAUUACGUUUUGUGGUAAAACAACGCCAAAUAAUCUUAUUCAUACUACACGAUUAGGUUUAAAUUUGAAAUUUAAAACUCUCUCGCUUUCAAUAUUCAAUUGGUAAACACCUAUUCCUGAAUUAUUUUAAGUGUAGAUACUCAAAUUAAACGCCUAGAACGUUCAGUAUCACAUUUAUUGACCCACCCUCGUAUAUUAGAAAGUUUUAUGACGUCUAGAUUUUCGGCAUUCUACUGUACAUAACCUUAAAAAACAUACAUUUUUGAUUGUAUUUAAUAAUUUAUGGAAUUUUAUUUGUUGACUACAACAUUUAGUUGGUUGACAAAAUUGGUAUUGUUAGAAUAUUUUUCAAAUAAAAACUAGUUUAAGUAUAAUCAAUAUUUUUGCAAUAUUUUGAUCUCUUUGUAUUAUUUUUUUAUUUCAGAAUCCGCUAAAGUGGAAUUUUUCUUAAUUUGUAUUGAAUUGAUGUAAUCUAGGAAAUAGUUUUGUUGUUAUAGCAUCUACUUUCUGGUGCUACAUAUUUUCUUUCCACAGUAUGUUCAAAAAAUAAUUAAUUAAUAAUUCUCUCAAUAAUUUGAAAAAAAAAAUCGAAUAUGGAAGUUUAUAAUAACAGUUAGUUACUUUUUGAAUGUACUGUUUAUUAUUUUGAAGAUUUAACUACGAUUUUUUUCUGAUUAUGUAUUCACGAAAACAAUAACUUAAAUACUGUUUUGGUCAAAGUUUCGUGUUUUAUUGGGUUGAAUCUUCAAGGAAAACAGUGAAGACGUCUAUUAUCAUAUAUUUUAAUUAAGCUAACACAUCAAUAUCGUCAUACUUUCACCAUUUCUCCAAUUCAUUAUCGAUUUUUUUUGUUUCAAUAUUUAUUAUUACUUUCAUUACAUUUUAACGAAUGAUUUAACUUUCUCUUUGGAGGUUAUAUAUGAAAAAUACUUGUGUGUGCUAAAGAAAAAGGCUGUGAUAUCAGAAUGUAUGUGUUUUUUGUAUUAUAAAAAUAUAUCAUAAGAGUAGAAAACAUAUUCAUGUUGAAAAAUAAAUUUAUAUUAUUUAUUUAAAAA